UGUCCUACGUUUAGAUAGCAACCUGUCAAAAAAAUGUAAACAUAACCUCACAGUAAAAUAUUUUGUUUGUCAUCAUUUUUAACAGUCAGAAAUCAUCAAGUGCCAGUGUUAAAGUGUGUAAAACCGAUAAAAUGUCGAGUUCUCUGUUCGGUUGGGACCUUUUGAUCAAAAGCGUUGAAUCCGAGAUAAAAACCAACGAAGACAUUCUCCUCUGCUUCACUCACUUGGUGCUCGUCUCCAAUGAUUUUAAAUGCAUCGGUUUGGGCGAAUCUAAAAUCCUCGAUGGUUCGGAAACAAAAACCGAAGCUCUACCGCCAGGUUGGACCGAAUCUUAUUCAAUUCGUUACGUCCACCAGGGCCGGCUUUACCUCCUGAAAGCAACAAAAGUCGACGACGGACUCAUGCUCAACCUGAUCCGUGUCGACGAACGCACCACCUCUCUGGUCCAACUCAAUACAGCCUUGGUGGCAAGUCGCACCGGAAUCCUGUCUCAGAUGCUCCCCAAACACGCUGACAUCCUCCAACAGAUCAAAACCGAGCUGAUUGACAAAAUCGUUGUUUCGAAAAACACCAAAGACAACUCGAGUCAAACCCCGACUGUAUCUAACCCGCCUCCGACUUCUCCACAAGCCUCGCCUCUCUUCGUGGACCCCAUGUCUCGCGCCGGCCCUGUCGGAGUAGGCGAAUACGAUUUGAAUCCUUUCGGUCGAAAUCCUUUGGCUUUUCCGGCACCGAUGGGCGGCGGCGGUAUGCUUUUCGAGCCACCGAGAGGCGGGAGAUAUCCCCAAGGACCGGGACUGGGAAUGCCUCCAGGUGCGGUGCCUCCGGGUGCAAGAUUCGACCCUUUUCGGCCCCCCGACGUCGAUAGAUUUCCAAGACGGCCGAAUAAUCGACCCGACAAUGAUGAAUUUCCACCGCCCGGUUAUGACGAUAUGUUUAUGUAAAUAAAUACAUUACCUCUUC